AAUACUAGUCAAUACCAUUUCUAAGCAUUCAAAAAUUCCCUUCCGCUCCCACUAAAAGUACAUAAUUAGUUCAGACUAAGGCACCGAAUAUCAGCGGCUCCCUUUAUUUCAUGACACUGUUUGUAUUUAUUUUGAACUGUGCUUCACUAUCUUGGCGAACUAUUGGUUCGUUGGAUGACAAACCUAACACAAGGUGCAUUUACAAAAUACCCACUCGUAACUGUUUGUUUAUGGACGUCGUAACAUGAUCAGAUUAGUUGAAGGUUUUCGCCUUAGCUAAAACGUACACUAAGCAAUUACAUCGGAGUAAAACUAAUCGGAUUUUUCUUUAAACUGCUAUUGGUAAGUUAAGGACUCUGUUAUUAAGAUUUUCUGCUGAGCGAGGGUAGAUCCUAUACUCUUUGGAAGUCUUGCAGGUGUAUUUGAAGUUCUUAAUUCAACCUGGGCGGUUUUAUGUGUCCAAAAAAAAAACAACACAUCGUUCUAUUAUUAUUUAAAUUCAUAACAAAUUGAGAAAAAGAUCACUUUACAUUUUCAUUCGGAAGGAUUUUUCCCUAAACCGGAAUUUUAGUGGAAAAUACCUUUCGUGAGUACUAUGACCAAGAAAUGAAAGACUCUCUAAAUAUUAAUCACCUGUAAGACCUUUCCCAACAGCUCAGUAGUGCGGCAAGGAAUUCACUGAUUUUAAUUUUCCCAGCCUGGCGAUGUCGUUGGCCAACAAAAGCUUCAAUUAUACCCCCAAGAAGGAAAGCGUCCAAAACGAGGACUGCUUUGAGAAUGAUUUAACAGCUGUUAAAAUGGCCAGGAUCGUUCCUUAUUGCAUGCUGCUUGUAGUAUCUCUUCUUGGAAAUUCUGCGAUCAUUGCCGUGGUAUGGAAAGAACAGCGCCUGAGGAAAACGGUUAACUUUUUCAUGGUCAACAUGUGUACUGCAGACCUUUUAAUAACAUUGUACAUGCCUCGCUCGCUGUCUGUGUGGCAUGAUAGCUAUAAAUGGCAGCUAUACGGUACAUUGGGACUUGUGGUAUGUAAGUUCGCUGUUUUCAUGCAUCAAACUGCCAUUUGCGUUUCCAUAUUCACUGUGGUAGCCAUCAGCUUUGAUCGAUUUUUCGCUGUGAUAUUGCCGUUGAGGACCAUUAUUACGAAGAAAAUUUGUCGAAUCAUUAUUACAAUGAUAUGGUUCUCAUCCGUCGUUAUUCGUCUGCCGAUGUUGUAUGGCCUGAAACUUAUUAACACCAACAACGGCGAAACGAGUUGUCAUCUGUCAUUAGACGAUGUGUUCUACCAAGGAGCCGAAAAGACCUAUUACAAUUUUACCCUCAUUGGCCUCUUUGCUGUGCCUUUAGCAUUGAUAGUUGUGCUGUAUUCGGCCAUUUUAAUUUCCCUGAAACUACGAAAAGCACCCGGAGAAGAAAUCGCAGGAAGAGAGCAUACAAGAGACACACGGAUAAAGAAGAAAGUUCUUCGAAUGGUGUUGAUAGUGGUGGCUGCAUUUGUACUCUGCUGGUUGCUCUACUUUGUCCAACUCAUUUUAUUUUCGUACAAAAUACAAGUGGGCUGUGAAGUUUUAUUUUUGAGAUUGUUUUUGGCUGAUCUAAACAGUGCAGUGAAUCCAUGUUUGUGCUUCGCUUUAAACGAGAACUUUCGUACAGGAUUGAAACGCAUUCUGGUUCGCUGCGCGCUUUGUAGUGGUAUUCUUAGCGAGGAGAAUUCCUCGCAAAAGGUGUUUCCGACAAGCAAAAUGAAUCUGUGGAAAACUCAACAAAAUGACGAUGAGCAAAGUUGAAAAUGCGGACAAAAAGAAAGCGUGAGCGUGCCCAUCAACAAACGGUUCGAAACGAAAAAAAUUACAUCUUCCCUUUCAGUAUUUGAAUUACGUAAGAACUGAUUAGCGCCCGCUGUUUGGCACAAGGCCUAAAAUUGAAGAAAAGUACCUGAGUUUGACAAGAUGUUGACAAAAAGCUCAAAUUGGCGAUGAAUACGAGCCUCGAUGGUAAAAAAACAGUGUGACGACUUUAAUUCGACCUUGUCCUGAGGUUUUUGUUCAACAUUUUUCCUGGCUUUGAUUUUGUUCUUUCACUCAGCCCUUCUUUACGUUAUAUAAUAUAUCUAAGUGAGCAAAACAUCAAGCUGUUUCUCCUGGAGAAACUGCCCGCUGAAUUCGUGACCGAAGGGGAAGGAAAUCUUUUGUUGCAAUUACUUACAAAUACCCAAAUCUCAUAAAGAUAUCUAAUACAUGACUGACAUACCGAAAAAACCGAGUAGUUCCGGGGGGAAUGUUCAAUAUGUGUCGGCUUUAAUUCACAUUUGACCCUUUAUCUCUGAAAAUCAGUAUGCAUAUUCUCCAUACUGUUCCCCGUAAAUUUCCUGAAGUGCUGACCAGGAGAAUUUGUCUAACAAUCAAGAGCUCUUUUAGAUGAUGAUCGUUUUCUGUACUCUCGUAACUUUGAUGUGUGAUUCAGGGGGGAUAUUGUAAGGAGAAAUUAAAUUUUAGUCACUCUUGUGGGUCAAUUCAUUGAUACAAGUCAUAAAGCAGCUGAAAUCGUCUUUGAGUGUCAAACGCUCGAAAUAAAGUAAACAGCGGCUCUCAACAACCUUGGCAUUAAUGUUUAUAUUGUUGUAUUGGCAGGCUCAUUGCGAAGAGCCCAAGCUAAAUAAAACAUGCCAAGCUGUUAAAACAUGAUUUUUCUUCGGUUCAAGCUUAAGAAAACCGUUAAUAUGUCUGCUCAAACGCAAAUUAAACCCUUUCGGAAGCUUUCAAUAUUCAUUAGUUGAAAGGAUAGACUUUUCUUUUUAAGCUCGAAGAUAAACUGAAUUCUCACCAAUAAAAAUAAAACAGUAACUUCCAA